AUGGUGGACGAGCUCAAGACUGUGUACAAUGUUGACGUGUCACCUCAAGCUGUUCGACGGACCCUCGAAGCAAUCUGCUUCACUCUGAAGAAGAUUCACGCCGAGCCAAGCGACAUGAACUCGGAUCGAGUCAAGCCGCUACGUGAAAACCAGAACUAUGGCUGGAGCCGUCGAGGAACCCGUGCUGGCGUCACCCGUCCAGGCGCCCGCGGUGACAACUUGAACGUCGUUGCCUGCAUCUCGUCGUACGGCCUGGAGCAUGUGGAGUUUCGCUGGGGAGCCAACGACGCCGAGGUGGUUGACGGUUUUGUGCCCAAGCUCCUAGACGGCCUCAUGGACAAGGGUGUAUCGCUUUUUGAGGUGGUGGUGGUGUGCGCCAACGCGUCGAUAUAUGCCGGCGUCAAGGAAGAGCUGCAACACUCGGACUACGUAGGUAUAACCCUGGAGAAGCUUUCGCCAUACUCGCCAAUGUCCAAUCCAAUUAAGAAUGCUUUCUCGGCCUUCAAGUCUGGCGUGAAGUCCUACCUCUCCGCGCAUCGCGAUACCAGCCUUCGUGUCCCUGCUGGUGUAUCCAAGGUGGCACACAGCGCCAACUACAUGCUACGAGCCGCGCAGUACGGCAUGGCAAGUAGGGUUACCCUAGACUUGUGCAACAGUGAAGCGGCUCACACUUUAGCAUUCCACACGCUCGCCUUAGAAAAGAGAAACAUGCCCGUGGGAGCUUAG